CGCGACCAUGGUGGCCAUGCCGCGGUAGAUGGCUGAACUCGAGGGGCACAAGCGUGGAGACCAUAUUUCCUUCAAUGCCUUCUGCCCGCAGUGCCGCGGUGCAGCCACCAGCCGUCUGCGGCAGCAUUUUCGGCGUGAUGUGUCGGGAUGGCCAGGUGGGCAGCUCUCGAUCGACACGUCGGGGCCUCACCCCCCUGGCCGAUGGCCGUCGGGCCGCCCCGAGAAUGUCCCCCGGCACGCCGUCCAUUUCUUGUUAGGCGCCUUCUCCGUGAAGACGAAGGCCGAGAUGGCGGCGAUGAGAGGUCGUGAGUGCGAAACUCGCGGAGAUGCUCGAGUCGCUGUUGGUGGAGGUAGAGGUGGCGACCGCGACCCCGGUGGCGUUACAGUGGGCGCUGCAGGCGUUGAUCCCGCGUCACCUCAGCAUUUAGGCGCGGAUCUGGCCCUCGAGACCGCCAUCGUCGAUGAGUCUCCCGAGGCAGGUCGUGCUGCGACCCCGCAGGCACGGCAGCUGGCUUCGCUAGUGGCCCGAGCGUUCGAGGUAGACGACCUGGCGCCUGCGGGUGGGGCAUCCUGGGUUGGCCUUUGCUGCGAGGCCCACUGAGGUCGGCGACCAGGAGGAGCAGAUGGCCCCGGGAGACUUGGAGGUCGAGGAUGGGCCGACCGACAUGCGCGAGGAGC